AUGACUAUCGCUCGAACACCCUCCUACACGCCGGCGAGGUGGCACUACGCUCGCUUCCUCGUCUCACCAAUCGUCGACACCGCCGCCGAGUCAUCAGGAGCACCCAUUGACGUCCCAACCCUCCUCCAGCUCGUUUCGCGUUCUCUCCAGGACUGCUACGGCACGAUGGGCGGUCCGAUCGGCUUGAGCGAUGUGGAUGUGGUGUGCAUCGAGGAAGUAUCGGAGGGCUUGAAGCAGCGGAGCCAAGCGAACGCGCGGGAGGUCGUGAUCCGUUUCCCAGCAGGAGCGACGCACGCCCUUCUCACUGCGCUCCCCCUCACGAUCUCCCCGAGCUACCGCCUCGAGGCCCUCGCCGAAUCUUCGAAUCUUUCUCGACUCGCUGGAUCAAGUGGACGCGGCAAGAAAGGCUAUGAUGGCUGGGUGAAGGGGCUGAAGGAGCGUGUGGGAAUUGAGGGGAGCGCGGGAGAGGCCAUGGCGGUCGAGUGA